AUGCAAAGGCAGUUCCUGCGUGGAAUAAGGACGCUAAAAAGGCCAAAUCGAGUCCAGCAAAUCGAAAAAGUGAUCCCAGUACCGACUAUAGAUGUGCUAAGGAAGCAGUUGGCGAAUCUGCCGGUGGACCAACGGGAAUAUCUCCAGCAUGUGUUGAGUACAAGAGAACAAGAGGUUUCUGAGCUUCUCAAGGCCCAAGAAAACGACAUGGCCCAGAAAUCAGACAACCGACAGGAGUCAGAACUCAAUUAUGUGUACGCAUUUGUCAAGGAAACUCUGGGUGCUGCUGAUAACCUGUCAGAUUUUGGCACUGCAUUUUGGGAAGCGGUCAAAACAUUGGCCAGCACGAAAGACCCUAAAUACAUUGAGCUUUUUAGCACGCUGUUUGAGGUUGCCAAACGAAUGCCCGAUAACAUCCGGAUCGAUGUCAUUUAUCUCGUCGGAACUUAUUUAUACCGCUUGAAAAAAGUUCGGUUGGACCCCGUCAACGAGGUCGAGUAUCUUGAUUCUCUGGUGGCAAAAGGACGACCAUUUCGAGCAUUGGGAUACUGGAGUAGUCGCAAAAACCGAGAAGAGGUAAAGGAAACAACAUACUGGACUGAAAUUGGCGCGCUAUACCACCUCGAUGCGGGGCUUUGGCAUGAAGCCGAGUUAUUGGCUCUAUCUCUACAUGAAAAGGGUCUCUUAUCACCUCGGUUGGCUGGGGAGAUGGUCAAAUUUGCAGCCAAGAAACAAAACAAAGCACUUGGGUUGUGGACCGACCGAUUUAUAUCGUCGCUGAAAGGCAACGUCAAAGAGGACGUCUCAGAGGUAAGCAGUCUCGAAGAGAUUCUACAUCGUGUAACGCCUAUCACACCCGAGAAUGCUGCGCAGGUUCUCUACAACUGUGUUGAAGCAAGACAGUGGGAUACUGCUGCAAAGUUACUUAAAGUUCUCCCCCAACAUUACGACAAUGCAAAGCUGCUUUCGAGCAUGAGUCGAACGACAAAGUACACAUCCAAGAGCGAGCCGCCCAUUCAUGAUUUCGCUGAGCUACUGACAGACAAUAGCGAUAUGCUGUUUCAGGAAAAGUGCUGCACCAGCUAG